CGUGUGUUAUACAUGAUAGGGGUACAUCUUGGAUAUACACAAUAAAAAGCAACAAUAAAAAUAUAACAUGUAAAAAUUAAAAACUCAACUAAAAUUGAAUUAAUAUAUUAAAAUAUAUAAUACAAAAGUCUACAGUCUACAUGUCCAAAGCUAAGAUUCUUAUAGGAUAUUUAUGGAAAGAACGAAUAAAAUCCUUUCAAAGGUUGACCUGUAAUAAUUUAUCAAGUACAGUGAAAAUGGCGAAAUUUUACAAGAUAGAUGGCAGUCCACCAGCUCGAGCAGUGAUGAUGCUUACAGACAUCCUUAAAAUUCCUUAUGAAGAAGUAAUAGUUAACCCAUUUCUUAGAGAGCAAGAUACACCAGAGUUGACCAAGAAAAACCCGAUGAGAACUAUUCCACUAUGGGAAGAAGAUAAUUUUAACUUAGCUGACAGUCAUGCCAUAAUGUUGUACUUAUUUGACAAACAUGCAAAACCAGAGCACUGUUAUCUUUAUCCAGAAGAUAGAAAAAAGAGGGCUAUAAUAAACCAAAGACUAUUCUUUGACUGUGGAAUUUUGUUUCCAAGAUUAAGAUCAAUUAUGGCUGGUACUUACACAGGCAGAAUGACUGAGAUAUCAAAGUCAACAAUAAGAAAUGUUGAAGACUCAUACCGGAUACUCGAAGCUUACCUUUCCGAAAAUCUUUAUUUGGCUGAUGAUGUCGCCACGCUUGCAGAUUUAAGUGUGAUGACGACAAUGUCUUCACUACAUGGAUUGAUUCCUAUAGAUCAAAACAGAUUUCCAAAAUUAAUGCAAUGGUAUAAUACUAUGAAGGAAAAAGAUUAUUGCAAGAGAGUGAAUGAGCCUGGCGCAAUAGAGCAUGUGAUGGGGUUGAAAAGGUUCAUGGAACAUAACAAGGAGAAUGUCAAAGCAAAACUAUGAAAAGUAAAUUCUAUAGAAAUAGGCCUGUUCGGUUUUUAUUAUGUUGUAAUAAGUAAUUUUGUAAGUUUUAUAUGGUAUGUGGUGACUGUUAAGCUACUUAAGAUAAUAAUAUAUACGUUU